AUGUCUUUUUCUUGCAAUCAUUCUCUUGACGGCAGCUUUCCUCCGUCCCCAGCGGAGGACAGGGGUUCAAAGCGGCUGUCCUGGGGCAAUCUGCUGCAGAGGCUGACUGAGCUGAAGGGGAUCAAUCAGAGGGUCGCAGCAGAUCAUCAGUGCAGCAGGAGUGAAACUGGCUCUGUGGCAGACAUGUCCCUCUCAGACUCAGACAGCAGUUUCUUCUGUUAUCCCCUGGAGGAGACCUUGGCUACAGAGGUUGUGGCAACUAUAAUACAAAGCCUCAAUGAAGCAUCACACACCCUGGGCUGCUCCAAACUCAUCAUACCGGACUUUCUCCUGCACAAUAUGAGCCAAGAACUGCUCCAUCUGGCUGUCAGCGAGCCUUGCGGGCUCAGGGGAGCGCUCAUUGACCUGUGUGUGGACAGGGGGGACCAGGGCCCCCUAUGCACUGUGGACCAGAUAGCAGUGGACGCCUCCCUUGUCCCGACCUUUCAAGUGACCCUGGUGCUGAGGCUCGAGUCCAGUGGACUGUGGCCAAAAGUUCAGAAGCUCUUCAAGGGUAGCAAGUCACCACAGAUGUCUGCAGGGCUCCAAAACACUCUGAGGCUGAGUACAAGCUUCAGGGCUAUCAAGAGAAAACUGUAUUGUUCAGGGGAGCUGCUGAUUGAGGAGUGCUGCUGA